CAUCUUUAACAUGUCUGUUCGUGAAUUUUCUCCACUCUUCAGUUGGGGUUUUUCUCUUCGUCGUUCCAAGUGGUUGAUUCCACUCUUUAAUAAUAACGUCUUUAGUUUCGGUACAAGUGCUGUGAAUGAUGGACCAUAUGGAUACAAAAAGAGUAACAAUAACCGUAGAGAAAAAUCAACUAGUACAAUUAAUCAUAAGGAGUCACACACAAUGCUCAAAACAAAAGUAGAAGGAAGUGAUUUGUUUGAAACUCCUAUUCAAGUUGUGACUGAGAUCGGUAACAAUACCUGCUCUGUCAGAAUUACUCACGAAGAUAGUGAAGAUAUCAAACAAAAGGAAUUAGAACAAAGGAGAAGAGAACAAGAAGAAAUUAAACGAAAGGAACUUGAAAGAUACAGACAAUUAUCGGAUGGAGCUAUCAUUGAUUUGAUUGAAGGUGGUAAGCUUGCCAUUUACAACCUGGAAGAUAAACUUGGUGACAAGAAACGUGCUGUAAAAAUUCGUAGAAUGUUCCUUGCAUCAAAAAUUAAUCCACAAGAUGAAAAUCUUCUUGAUAACCUUCCAUAUGCUCAUGAUUUAAAUUACGACCAAGUUUUUGGAGCUUGUUGUGAAAGCGUUGUCGGAUAUGUUCCAUUGCCAGUCGGUAUUGUUGGUCCAAUUAUUAUUGAUGGAAAGCCAUAUCAUAUUCCAAUGGCUACUGUUGAAGGAUGUUUGGUUGCCAGUACUCACAGAGGUUGCAAGGCCCUUUCCAGUUCUUUUGAAGGAGGUGUAAACAGCGUCAUUUUGAGCGACGGAAUGACUAGAGGUCCAGUUGUUCAAUUUGCCAACACAAAGAGAUGUAACGAGCUUAAACAAUUCAUUGAUAAUCCAGAAAAUUUCAAGGAAUUAUGUAGAGUUUUUAACAGUGAUUCUCGUUUUGCUAGAUUGUUGGAAGUUAAAGUUGGUAUUGCUGGUAGAAAGGCAUUCUUGAGAUUCAAGUGCCGAACUGGUGAUGCUAUGGGAAUGAACAUGAUUUCAAAAGCAACACAAAAGGCUCUUAAAUUCUUGAAGAAUGAACACUUCCAAGAUAUGGACAUUUUAAGUUUGAGUGGUAACUAUUGUACAGAUAAGAAGCCAUCAGCAAUGAAUUGGAUUGAAGGUAGAGGUAAAUCCGUUGUUGUUGAUGCUACCAUUCCAAAGGAUGUUGUGAAGAAUGUUCUUAAGACUACAGUUGAUGAAAUUGUCAGUCUCAAUAUAUCUAAGAAUUUAAUUGGUAGUGCUAUGGCUGGUUCUGUUGGUGGUUUCAACGCUCAUGCUGCCAAUAUCGUGACAGCAAUCUUUUUGGCUACUGGUCAAGAUGCUGCCCAAAAUGUGGAAAGCUCGAAUUGUAUGACUAUUAUGGAAAAGACUGAUAAUGGUGAUUUAUAUGUCUCUGUGACAAUGCCAUCUAUUGAAGUAGGUACAGUUGGUGGUGGUACUCACUUGGAUGCUCAAAAGACUUGUUUGAAGAUUAUUGGUGUUGCUGGUGCAAACCAAGAAAAUCCAGGUCAAAAUGCUCAAACCCUUGCCAAAUGUGUUGCUAGUACUGUAAUGGCUGGAGAACUUUCUCUCAUGGCUGCUCUUGCUGCUGAUCACUUGGUGUCUGCUCAUAUUGCUCACAACAGAAAGAAAUAAUCAAUUCCAAAAUUUUGUAACAACAAUAAAUCCUAAUUAUUAA